AUGGGAAAAUCACGGCAAGCAGCGGUGGUAGGUGCCCUGCUGGAACAGGAUAUGUUGCGACAACGGGAGGCUUCUCUGACAGCUGCCGCGGAUAUAGUCGCUGAGCAGCGAGGGCUGCAGCUGAUUGCAAGUGUGGUUAACAGACAGAACACUGCCGCUGCAGACGCUACUUUAUGGCGUCGGGUCGUAGAAGUAAGGCGGCAGCUAUCCUCAGGUAUUCACGAGAGAAGACACAAGUUGAAGGCGUUGCUAAAGCUUGAGUACGAUCAAGUACAGGCAACACUCCGACAGUCGCAGCACAACGCAGCACUCAAAAAGCAAGGCAUCAUCCGACGUGCAGCGGAGCUUAAACAAAAACGAGAACAAGAACAAGACAAAGACGACCAGAGGCGCCUUGUCGAAAGGUGUCAAGGGCAGGCUGAUUUGCAAUUGCCGUCAAGCAAGCUGCUCCUACAACAGGUACCAUAUCCCAUUUACACCGCAAGUGUUUUGCACGGAGCGAAAUUUCUCACGCAUUUAACCCUAACACUUGCAGAGAAUGAGAUUCAAAUAGCUUUGAAGAGUAGACGGCAGCACCAGGAGGCGAAGGAUGAGAAGGUGUUCGAGGCAAUCUGGACGGAAGCCCUCAACAAAAAGAUACUACGCGAAAGGAGCGCUGUUACAAUGAGACAGAAAAGAGCUGAAGAACUGAGAGCUGCACUGCGUGAACAGAUUGCAAGUAGACAAGAUAAUCGACUCAAAGAGAUGGAAAGACUUAAAAUUGAGAAUCAAGAAGAAGCUUAUCGUCUGAAGGCAGAGGCAGAGUCUGCCGUGGAACUCCGCCGACAGCAGCAUACAGCCGCACUGCAGCGGCGUAGGGAAAUGGAUGCCAUACUUAUUCUGCAGCUCGAGCAGAAGCAUCGCAGGCGAAUGGAAGAGGCUGCGCUUGACAGGUAG